UCAGAGGACAUAGCGGGCAAUUAGAAAAGCCGAGAACGAACAAAUCACAUGUGACAUACCGGUUUACACACCGAGUCAUCAAUACUUGGAAUCCAUUACCCAAAAAAAAAAACUAGACACUCACGAAAACGCACUAGAGAAGGAAUAACACAGGCCAUAGAACUCCUGUCCUUACCACACAAAUCUGAAUAACUUGGAUUGAACGUUGAACAGCAACCGUAAAUAGUUUUGAGGCUGGCUUUAUGUAUUACAUCGCUACGGUCUCAUUUUUCUCAUGAAUAAUUCUAGGCCAAAUGAGUUACUAGUUAACAAUUUCAAGAUACCUAAUUGGUCAGGUAAACCCCCGCCAGGUCUUCAUCUAGAUGUGCUCAAAGAUGGGAAAUUGAUUCAGAAACUUAUAAUAGAUGAAAAGAGCUGUUACUUUUUUGGUAGAAAUAAACAGUUAUGCGACUUUGCCGUGGAUCAUCAAUCAUGCUCACGUGUGCAUGCAGUUUUGGUAUGGCACAAAUUCUUGAGUCGUGCGUUCCUAAUUGACCUUGGAAGUGUCCAUGGAACUUUUAUUGGGAAAAUUAGGUUGGAACCACACAAACCUCAGCAGGUUCCAAUCGACUCUGAAAUACAUUUUGGUGCAUCUACUCGUGUUUAUAUCAUCCGUGAACGUCCUAAUCCUUUGUACAAUAUUUCUGGAAAUCCUUCGGACCCGAACUCGCAAGCACUAGAUGGCAAUGGUACAAUGGGUCCAGAAAAUCGCAAUCUGGAUGGGUCUGAUGCGGCCACAAAUUCUUUGGGUUUACUCUACUCUCAGCUUCCUCAAUCCGAGGUUGAAUUGGAUAAUUUAACCGAGUUUAACACAGCACAUAACCGUCGUAUAAGUAGCAUGGUUGAUGUUGCCUCUAAUCCUACAAUUCCUACUAACAAAGCACGUAAGAGACCACUGCAAAAUGUGCAUUUCAGUGACGCAGAUGAGGUUAUUAAUCCUGAGGAUGUUGAUCCUUCUAUUGGAAGAUUCCGAAAUCUUAUACAGGAGACUUUCAUACCAAAUAAGCGUGCUAAAGGCAGUCAUGAAGGUGCUAGCUUAGGUGUUGCAGCUCCAGACCUACCUGAAACUUUUCGAACAACUGGAAAAAAUAAUGUAGAUGGGAAUAACUCUGUUCAUAACUCAGGAAGAAGUUUGAUGCACAUGAAAAACAUAUUUGGACCUCAUUACAGUUUGGCUUCUAAGCUUGGUUUACCUGUGCCUAAUCUUGCUCCAGAUGUUGAAAGCGAACCUCAAGAGCCUACUUUACCACCAACUGUAGCAAUGCUUCAUGCCUAUGCACAUUCAAGACCUGGGACUUUAGGAAAUGCUUUUUCAGAAGGAAAAAAUACUGCUGGUGUAUCUAGACUGAGUGCCAGUGACAUAUUAGGAACUUCGAAUGAACUGGAUGGUGUUUCAGGUGCUAAUCAGGAUUCUGGACUAGAUAUGGGUCUUGUUGAAGCGAAUUAUCCUAAGAAGAAGAAGUACGCCAAAGAAGCAUGGCCUGGUAAACGCCCAGGGUUUCUGGUUGGACCUACGACCUAGUAUUUGUGCAUAUUUCUUUUCAUUUCUAACAAUUCCCGUGGUACCUUAUAUUUCAUCAUUCUUGAAUAAGAUGUCUGCCUUGUAUAUUCGUUCCAUUAAUGUUAUUAGAAGUUUUACCAUAAUUGACCAUGAUAUCGCUUUAAUAACCGACAGAAUGUACAAAACUUUUCUGUUUACUAUCAUACGAAUACCAAGUUCUAGUUUUUAUCAAUCUUGUUAAUUAUCGUAAUUCACCAACUACUUUUGGAGGAUUUUGUGCAAGCGUAAAAUACCUGAUGGUUUUACAAGAAAUAAACCACUGUAAAUACAAUCACAUUUUUAUUUAAAUAAUAUCCCCAUUUUAGUAACAAA